AUGACGGCCCCCUCCAGUCUCACAAUUGUUAUCAAAUUAGGCACGAGCUCAAUUGUUGACGAGAAAACUCAUGAGCCUAUCUUGUCAAUCUUGACAUUGAUUGUGGAAACAGUCGCCAAGCUUCAUAGAGAUGGCCAUCGAGUGGUGCUUGUAUCUUCCGGAGCUGUGGGAGUCGGUUUGCGCAGAAUGGACGUGGACGAAAGACCAACAUAUCUGCCCCGGAUACAGGCUCUCGCUGCAGUCGGUCAGUGUCGACUGAUGAGUCUUUGGGACAAUCUAUUCUCGCAUCUCCGUAUCCCUGUGGCUCAAAUCCUCUUGACAAGGAAUGAUAUCGCCGAUAGAACCCAAUAUGUCAAUGCCCAAAAUACAUUUGGGCAAUUGUUUGAUAUGGGCGUGAUUCCGAUUGUCAACGAAAAUGACACCCUAGCCGUUUCUGAAAUUAAAUUUGGCGACAAUGAUACCCUUUCUGCGAUUACAGCGGCUAUGGUCAAGGCCGACUAUCUUUUCCUGAUGACCGAUGUCGACUGUCUCUACACAGCGAAUCCACGAACCAAUCCAGACGCAAAACCCAUUGAGGUGGUGACCGAUAUUUCCUCCCUUGAGGCUGAUGUCUCAUCAGCUGGGUCUUCUCUCGGAACUGGAGGCAUGAGCACCAAGAUUAUAGCUGCAAAGCUCGGAACCAGUGCUGGCGUAACAACUGUUAUUACCAAAAGCUCAAAACCAGGGAAUGUCCACGAGAUUGUGAAAUACCUGCAACACCUCGAGGCUAAGUCCAACGGUUCUGCAAUUACCCAAAGUGAGGCACCAUGUGCUCCUCUUCACACCCGUUUCAUCCGCUCAGAUACCCCCAUCCAAUCACGGACUUUCUGGCUGCUCCAUGGUCUUUACCCCCACGGUACUUUAUACAUCGACCAUGGAGCUUACAACGCUCUCUUGAAUAAUGCCAAUCUCCUCCCGGCCGGAGUUGUCGGGGUCGAAGGCCACUUCGGACAACAAGAAGCUGUGCGACUAGUUGUUGUUGAACGACCAUCUCCAGAUGCCUUGAAUGGCGAUUUCCCACACCACAGAGAUGAACCCAAGGAGGUCGGUAGGGCUCUGGUAAACUAUGGAAGCAUAGAGAUUACGCACAUCAAAGGUCACCGCAGUACACAGAUCGAAGCGCUGCUUGGUUAUGCCGAUAGCGACUAUGUGGCCAUGCGAGAAAAUAUUUCUUUCCUUCCUGAAGAGACCAGCCAUACCACAACUCCAUCAUUAACUCCGGCCCUGGAAGAGUGGAAGUCGCCUCGAUUGGUAUAG